AUGGAGGUUCUCUCAUGCGGGCUCAACCACGUGUACCCGGCCUUGUUCACUGCCCGCCAGAGAAGGCUCCGCCGGCAGCUCUGCUUUUUCGGCCGCCCAGAGCUGCUGGUGCUGCUUUGUUGUGCCGUUGUGGCUAGUCGGUCCUUUUCCGUCACUGGAGAGCCGGACACAGAAGAAACCCGUAUCUGCGUGGAGGCUGAAAAAGGAACCACGUGCACGUGCGCAGCACAGCCUUCCCGAUCUGAGAAGACUUCGACGGCGACCAUUUCCCAGGAGAAGAAUACGUUGAAAAUGGUCUGCAAAGAAGGUCUCAAGUGCGCACCCGCCGAGUUGACGGGCUCCAUCGCUUGCGUAGGGGGCACGGACGACCUGACAGAAUGCAAAGGCAGCACCAGCGGUACCAAACACGACUCGUGCUUAGACGUUAAGGAUAUUCUUACUGGAACCACUUCCAGCAUUCAGUGGAAAGACACUACAGCACAGGGCAGAGCCAAAGACCAAUCCAGAUCCCUCACAGUCCCGCCGGAGACCAUCCCUUUUGUCGAUGAAAAGUUCGUUGUCGGCUGCAUCUCGUCUACGAGCAGCUCUACAACGAGCUGUAAGGUUGACGUGAAGAUUGAGGCGAGGGCAACGGCGAAAAACGACCAAACUGUCGUGUGCGCCUACGGGGCGCGCAGCAAUCAAACACGCCAAGCUGUCACGCUGAGCCCUUCCCAAAACAGCUUCACUUUAGUGUGUGGAGAUAAGGGGGAGGUCUUACCCAAGGCAUACGCACAGACGUAUUGCUCUCCAGACUCGAAGGAUGCCAGCGAGACUUGCAGCGGAGACUACACAACGAUCCUUGCUGGCUAUGAAGACAAGUGGUGGAGCGCAGACGACAAGGCCCGCUCCUUCACGCUUUCAGUGCCGGCCGACAAGUUCCCAUCAAAGGAGGCGAAACUGUUGGUCGGAUGCCGGCAGGAGUAUCCGCUCAGUGAAGACAUGAAAAUGCACCAGCAGAAGGAUCCACCGUUUGUAGUGUUGAUGUGUUUAUCGAAGCUAAUGCAUCCUCUUCAUUGUCUGUGGGGUCAGCAGGGGCGUACCCAGUGUUUGCAACUGUUGGCACAGUCGUCGCGUUCACCACUUCUCAUGCAUAGGCCCAAAAAGGCAGCGGCUGCGGCAAGCCACAUCGGCGGCGAUUUGUUCCGUGCGAAGGCGUCAGCCGGUCGGAGUACGAACUUCAGCAACUUUGGCUUGCAAGCAAAUGACGAGGACUGCAUCACCACGAUGAACCGCGCCUUUGCUCGCCCUCCUUUGCCGCGUGUCGAAGGCGAUAGAAGGCAGAACUCCAGAAGCGAACACGUAGCGCGCCGGUGCUGUGAAUAUUUCAUAGGAACAUUCCAGGAAGCAUGUGGAGCCGCGCAUCUUAAAACCUUUCAGUGCCACAGCCUGAUGCGCACUCUGUCGGACCACAGGAGUGCCUGCGAGCCCAGAUGA